AUGACGAACGCCAACAUGAACCCCGCGGCCCCGGUGCCCACUCCCCAGAAGAGAAAGAUUGUCAUCUUCUCCGACUUUGACGGCACAAUCUUCAUGGAAGAUACCGGCCACAUCCUAGUCGGUGCCCACGGCUGCGGCGCCGAAGGCCUUGCCAAACUAGAAGCCCAAAUGAAAAGCGGCGAGCGCACCUACCGUGAAAUCUCCGAAGACAUGUGGGGAUCCCUCAACGUCCCCUUCGACGACGGCUUCGUCGUCAUGCAAAAGGCCCUCUCCAUGGACCCUGGAUUCCAGGACUUCCACCAGUACUGCCAAGACAACGGGUUCCCAUUCAACAUCAUCAGCGCAGGAUUGAAACCCAUCCUGAAGCGCACCUUGGAUGUUUUCCUCGGCGAGUCGCAGGCGUCGAUGAUCAACAUCGUCGCCAACGACGCGACCAUUAGCGUUGAUGGAUCCGAGUGGAAGCCCAUCUGGCGCCAUGAUACCGACACCGGCCAUGACAAGGCGCUGUCCGUGGAUGAGGCGCGCGCAGCGGCGCUGGCCGAGUGUGAGCCUGAUGAGAUGCCGCUUAUCGUCUUCAUUGGCGAUGGUGUCUCUGACCUGGCGGCGGCGAGUCAUGCGGAUGUGCUAUUUGCGCGCCGUGGUCUGAGACUUGAGGAGCAUUGCAUUGAGCAUAAGAUUGCGUAUACGCCCUAUGAUACAUUUUUGGAUAUCAAGAAGGAGAUUGAGAACAUCUCGCGUGAGGACCAGAAGAAGACUGGUGGUGUGGGUAAGCCCGUGAGGUAUAACCCGCGCGCGAAUCUGUGGAGACGGAUGUCGUCCAAGGAGGCCGUGCCGACGCUCAUGGCGUCGACACCAAGUAAUGAGGAGAAGAUGUUCCUUUGGCCAGAGACCUUCUCCGAUUAUAAGCCUAAGACGAUUGAGGAGGCGGAUGAGACGGCUGUUGCUGCCUAG